UAAAGAUGGAUUUUAUUUAACUAUAAGAGUGACCGUAGCAACACACCUGUGCUAUCGCUUACCGUUAUCGAUUUCACUUUUCAUCUUUUGUAUGCUCAUAUUCUCGAGCGCUAUAGAAACACGCUUGCAUACGCUGUUAAUAAUUGCUUCGUCUUAUCACCUUCAAUGUCUCUGUCAAGCUGUAACUGAUUUGAAAACUGCUCACUGUUUCUGAUUUACCAGAAACCAUUUGUACAUACUGACAAAUCCCUUUAAAGUUUAAAGAAAUGUCUAAUUGCAGGGAAACUUCAAAACAGUACCAAGAACUGAAUGGUUUGACAUGACCUGUUCUGGGCACAUUACAUUCAUAACUCGGGAAACCUUUUGCACACCGUGUAACGGUAUUAAAGAAAUCGGCCUCUCUUAUCAUUUUAUCAAUGGGGGUGUAUCUGCUUACCGCUUUUAUGACUAAGCAGUCAUGGGUAAGUUCAACCUUUUCAAGCAAUAGUCUUGGAAUUCAUUAAGCAAUCAACUAAACGCUUUCUGCACGGCUACACUCACUUCAAGAGUUGGAAUAUAUAUAAAAAAAAGGCUUACUUCCUUUUACAAUGUAACUUGUGUAUCUUCUGGCCUUAAGGGAUCAUUAACUCAAGUUUUUUGUGGUCAGUCCAAGAUUGCGGAACAUCUCGAAUCCUUAUCAGUUAUUGGCACGGCAAGGAGCUACUUGGUCCAGUGGAGGGAUUUUCAGUAAAAGCAUCACAAAGACUGAACCACAAGUGAUAAAAGCGAUAAAUAGGUCUCAGUAACGCUACUCUCGAAAUCAUGCCUGGAAGUGGAGGUCCGGUCGCGACGUUCUCCGUCUGGGACUAUGUGGUUUUUGCCGGGUUGAUUUUGUUUGCGGCUGGCAUUGGGUUGUUCCAAGCCAUCCGUGGACGCAAGGACACCAGCAGUAGCGAGUUUCUGUUGGGUGGCCGACAGAUGACAGCGGUACCUGUGGCUUUAUCUCUCACGGCUAGUUUUAUGUCAGGGAUCACUGUUAUUGGUACGCCUGCAGAGGCAUAUUUGUUUGGGACACCGUUCUGGCUCUUUGUAUUCUCUUAUUCGAUUAUGUCCACCAUCAGUGCUGAAAUCUUUGUGCCGUUGUUUUACCGCCUGAACAUCACCAGCACCUAUGAGUACUUGGAAAUGCGUUACAACAAGCUCAUCCAAAUCAUCGGAACAAGCAUGUACAUUGCUCAAACAGCUUUAUACACAGGCAUGGUCAUUUAUGCACCUGCACUCGCCCUUAAUCAAAUCACUGGUUUAGAUCUGUGGGGAGUGUUAGUGGCCACGGGGGUUGUUUGCAUCAUCUACUGCACCUUGGGAGGACUAAAGGCCGUAAUAUGGACAGAUGUGUUCCAGAUGGUCAUUAUGUUGGCUGGGUUUCUGGCUGUCAUUGCUCGUGGUGCGGUUCUACAGGGUGGACUAGGAAAGAUCUGGAAUGAUAGUUACCACGGUGGACGUUUGGAGACAUUUAGUUUUGAUCCUGAUCCUUUGAGGCGUCACUCAUUUUGGACAAUUGUUGUCGGUGGCAGUCUGAUGUGGACAUCAAUGUAUGCCAUCAACCAGUCACAAGUGCAGCGCUACAUCUCCUGUCGGACAAUAACUCAUGCCAAACUAUCUCUGUAUGUGAACAUGGUGGGGUUAUGGGUCACGGUGAGUUUGGCCAUGCUUUCUGGUCUUACAAUGUACUCCAUCUAUAAGGACUGCGAUCCGUUCACUAAUAAAGACGUGGGAGCCACGGAUCAGCUACUACCUUAUCUGGUGAUGGAUAUACUCGCAGAUUUCCCAGGAUUGCCUGGUUUGUUUGUGGCUGCGGCGUACAGUGGGACCUUGAGCACAGUGUCAUCCAGUAUCAACGCUUUGGUGGCAGUCACGACCGAGGACUUUCUGAAACCUGUAUUGCCCCAGCUGACAGAGAGACAACUGUCCUGGAUCAACAUGGGCAUGAGUGUUUUCUAUGGAGCUGUAUGCAUUGGUAUGGCAGGUGUGGCCUCCUUAAUGGGCAAUAUACUGCAGGCAGCCCUGUCUAUAUUUGGUAUGAUCAGUGGCCCCCUCUUGGGUCUGUAUCUGCUUGGGAUGUUCUUCCGCUGUGCAAAUUCCACAGGAGGUUUCGUUGGUUUGAUUUCUGGCUUGGUUAUAACCUUAUGGGUGGGAAUCGGAGCUCAGCUGUACCCUCCAUUACCUGAGAAGACCCUCCGCCUUCCUCUGAGUGUGGAAGGCUGUGCUGUGUCUCCGAUGAACCAGACCACCACCGUUAUACCAUUUACUACAGUCCUACACAACUACACAACCACAACUCCAGCGCCAAGACCAGCUUUGGCAGACAACUGGUAUUCUCUGUCCUACCUGUACUUCUGCCCAGUAGGCAUACUGGUGACUAUGAUCGUAGGACUUACAGUUAGUGCAAUCACAGGUGGCUGUAAACAGAAGAAAAUUCGACCUGAGUUGUUUAUCAGCAAGUCUGAUCUUAUUUGCUUUAGAUGCUGUGGUGAAGACACAGAGAUAUCCAAGCCAGACCUUAUUGAGAAAGAGCCUAACUACAUGCAGGGGCUGGACAGUCCAGUUUUCUGUGACAAUGAAAUUGCACUGAAAGAGAAAGACACGGAGAAGAUCACGCGGAUGUGAUGAACUUCAUUUGUGAUGAUGCUGUAAAUAAUAAAUAACUGUAUUUUUAUACGUUUAAAUGAAUGGACUAAUAUAAUGAAAACUUUCGAAAACCUCUCAGAAAGUUGUUCUAAUGGACGUGUGCUUUUCCAGAACAUUUUACUGUAUGACUGUAACAAAAUAAUUUACAUAAUUACAAUGGUUAUUUAAAAAAAUUAAUAAACGGCAAUGUUGAGUAAUAAAUGUUUUAUAUUAAAAUUUGUAUCAAAUUUAAUAAAAUUUGACAAAUUAUGAUAAUAAAGUGUCAAACUCACU